AGCAGGGCAGGAAGAAGCGGCCGGUGCAGGAUGCCAGGUUUGACUACUACAGCUUGGAUCAGGACAGAGGGGGAUGAUGACACUGAGCUCACGGAGGAUGAGCUGUCUAACAUCAUAGAAAUCUACGACUUCCCCACAGAGUUUAAGACUGAAGACCUGGUCAAAUCCUUCCAGGCCUACCAGCAGAGAGGCUUUGACAUCCAGUUUGUGGACGAUACACACGCCCUGGCUCUCUUCAACAGCCCCAUAGCAGCUCGGGAGGCUCUGAGGACCAAACACCCGCUGUUGAAGGUCAGGUCUCUGGCUAAAGCCUCCGUCACCACCAGGGCCAAGGCUCGCAGCUGCUCAGGUACUGACUGUCCUCUCUUUCAUUCAUCUGUCCAUCCUUUAUCCUCCAUUAUCUGACUGAGUAUUUCUGGAACUCCUUCAUCUUUGACCUGGUCUGUCUGUCUGUC